AUGAUAAACUCAACACAGGUUUUAUAUUUCACACUCAGUGCUUACUUUGACAUUGGGGUUAUAAAAUAUUUAUAUUUUAUAAUUACUAUGUCUAUAUACAUUUGUAUUGUUGUUACCAAUCUUUUCCUCAUUGUGGUUAUCUGCAUGAACAGAAGUUUACAUGAACCUAUGUACAUCUUUCUGUGCAGCCUGUUUAUGAAUGAACUGUAUGGUAGUACAGGGUUGUUUCCAUUCCUUCUGAUUCAGAUUCUCUCUGACAUUCACACUGUUUCUGUUCCUUUUUGUUUCCUGCAGAUUUUCUGUUUACACUCUUAUGGAGCUGUAGAAUUUUUUAAUUUAGCCGUCAUGUCUUAUGACAGAUAUCUUGCCAUCUGUUAUCCUCUACAAUAUAACAGACUUAUGACAUCUACGAAGGUGGCCGUGCUCAUUGCUGUAACAUGGUUGUUCUCUUUUCAUACAAUUAUCGUUGUGGUAUCUUUGAGUUCAUCUUUACAGCUGUGUGGGAACAUCAUUGACAAAGUAUACUGUGGAAACUACGCUAUUGUUAAACUGGCCUGCUCUGACACCAGAGUCAAUAACAUCUAUGGACUGAUUUAUACCGUUAUCUCGAUUAUUAUUCCUUUCAUUUUAAUCUUCUACACGUAUAUAAAGAUCCUUAAAGUCUGUUUCUCUGGUUCUAAACAGACCAGACAGAAAGCUGUCAGUACCUGCACACCUCACCUCGCUUCUCUGCUCAACUUUUCUUUUGGUUGUUGCUUUCAAAUAUUACAGAGCAGGUUUGAUAUGAGCAGUAUGCCCAACAUGUUGGCCAUUUUAUUAUCAUUGUACUUUCUGACAUGUCAGCCUCUCUUCACUCCGGUACUGUACGGCCUGAAAAUGUCCAAAAUACGCAACACAUGUAAACGUUUGCUGUCUGCUGAUGUGUAG